UUCCACAGACAGCCCCCUGCCCAGCUCAUUUCAUUGGAGAUCUUAAUGGCAAAAUGUUCACGUGUUGCCUGCCAAGGUCCCGAGGCUGCAGGUGGAAGAAGGCGCGCCUUGAGGACGCUGUCCCCCGCUGGGGAUUUCAUGUCAGGACUCCCCACCGCCUCUGGCCAUUUGGUCGGAAGGACAGAAAGAAGGCCACGGAGGACACGGAGAGGCAGCUGGCGGACGUGCCCUCCUCCCUGACAGAGGGGGUGACCCCAAAGGCAUCCCAAGAAACAGGUGCUGGGGAUUGCCAGGCAAGACCUCCGACACCACGCGGACCACCGUCCCAGGUGGUCGUCCACUGGACAGUGGUCCAGGAGCCGGAGCCCAUGGAGGCCGAGGCCGAGGCUGCUCCACCACCUGAGGAGCUAGAGCCCGAUCUGGAGGGAGGGCUGGUGCCUGCAGUGACUUCAGGAGGAGACCAGGAGCCAGCAGGUGACCCGGCACCUGCCCACGGAGAGCCUGGCGCUGUCCAGGAAGAACUGGCACCUGCUCCUGCCCCAGCCCCUGCCCCUGCCCCUGCUGCAGUUCCUGCCACUCCCCCUUCCCCCACCCCAGCCCCUGCCCCCGCCUCAUCCUGCACCUGCCACUACUGCUGA